CCGGAAGUGUUAGUCGGAGCCAAAAUGGCGCAGAGCGGACAGCAGCAGCAAUUGGUUUCGGUUUGGGACACAAACGGAACCGUUACUGGCCCAGAACCGUGAAGGACCGCAGCCGGGUCACCGGAGACAGACGGAGGAGGACGGGCCAACCUGCCCGGGCGCUCGCGGACUUCGUGGUGAUGGAGUGGAAGAGACACAUCUCAGAGCAGCUGAAGCUCCGAGACAGAGUCCAGAGACAAACCUUUGAGGAGAUCGUCCACCAGUACAACCGUCUCCUGGAGAAGUCAGACCUGCAGGCCGUCCUCACAGAGAGAUACCAGACGGACAAAUAUGAUGUCCAGAGAGGACAUGAGGCCGGACCUGCAGACUCGGCCCGCAGUGACCUCCUGCAACAGGAAAUGGCUCAGAUGAGGAUCCGUCAUCAGGAAGAGCUGACAGAGCUGCACAAGAAACGAGGAGAGCUGGCUCAGAGUGUGAUUGAGCUCAACAACCAGAUCCAGCAGAAGGACCGAGAGAUCCAGAGUAACGAGGCCAGGAUGUUGGAGUACCAGCAGCAGAUCUCCAGCCUGGAGGGAGACUGCCGGGAGCUGAGGAACAGUCUUCAGGAGCUGGAGCAGGCCAAUCAGACGCUGAAGGACGAGUAUGACGCCCUGCAGAUCACCUUCUCCGCUCUGGAGGAGAAACUGAGGAAGACCACGGAGGACAACCAGGAGCUGGUGUCCCGCUGGAUGGCAGAGAAGGCUCAGGAGGCCAACCGACUGAACGCCGAGAACGAGAAGGACAGCAGGCGCCGACAGGCCAAGCUGCAGAAGGAUUUAGCCGACGCCGCCAAAGAACCGCUGCCCAUCGAGACGGACGACGACAUUGAGGUGCUGGCUGAGGACGGAGGGAAGGGAGCAGGAGAGACCUCUCCCAACAGGCCGAUGAACAGGACUCUCAGCAGGAAACAGUCUCAGCCUCCUGCUGGUCURCUGGACUCCAUCUCCAACAUCUUCGGCAGGCGUCGAUCUACCAACUCCUUCAGCACGUCACCAGAGCCCACCGAGGCGCCGACAGGAGUGUGUGCAGAGGUCCGAGUGCCGUCCACAGCCCUGCAUGUCUUUGAAGCCCACGACGGGGAGGUGAACGCCGUGAGGUUCAGCCCUGGAUCCCGCCUACUUGCAACGGGAGGGAUGGACCGCAGGGUGAAGCUGUGGGAGGUGGUCGCAGGUCGCUGUGAGCCUAAAGGAGCUCUGACCGGCAGCAACGCAGGAAUCACCAGCAUAGAGUUUGACAGCGCUGGAUCCUACCUGCUGGCUGCCUCUAAUGACUUUGCCAGUCGGAUCUGGACAGUGGACGACUACAGGCUAAGGCACACCUUGACGGGUCACAGCGGGAAGGUGCUGUCUGCUCGCUUCCUGUUGGACAACGCCCGCAUCGUGUCCGGGAGCUACGACCGCACGCUCAAACUGUGGGACCUGCGCAGCAAAGUCUGUAUGAAGACGGUGUUCGCCGGCUCCAGCUGUAACGACAUCGUGUGCACAGAGCAGUGCGUCAUGAGCGGGCACUUUGACAAGAAGGUCCGGUUCUGGGACAUCAGGGCGGAGAGCAUCGUGCGGGAGAUCGAGCUCAUGGGUCGGGUGACGUCUCUGGACCUGAACCACGACCGCACCGAGCUGCUCACCUGUUCCAGAGACGACCUGCUGAAGAUCAUCGACCUGCGCACCAACGCCAUCCGACAGACCUUCAGUGCUCAAGGCUUCAAGUGUGGUGCUGAUUGGACCAGAGUCACCUUCAGUCCUGAUGGCAGCUACGUGGCCGGAGGGUCCGCUGAGGGAACUCUGUACAUCUGGAACGUCCUGACAGGGAAAGUGGACCGAACUCUGGACCGACACCACACCUCUGCCAUCAACUCGGUGUCGUGGUCGCCGUCGGGAGUGUACGUCGCCAGCGUGGAGAAGGGCAGCAAGGCCAUCCUGUGGUCUGACAUGUGAUUGGCUGGAGAGGAGUGGGCGGGGCCAUUGUCGGUGUCGCAUGGCGUGACAAAGCAGGGAGACCAGUGGAGCUUUUAAUGUUGUUCCGUGUCGUUUUAACUGUGACGGUAGGAGGAGGAGCUCGCUCUGCACGCCGCCUGAUUGUUAAUAAAGUUUUAUUGACAGCUGACGCCGAGCCGAACACUAAAGCCUGCAGAAGAGAUGAUACUGGACCUGAAACAGGAAGUACUUCACAUUAAAGUUUCUGAACUUCAUGUGUUUGGACCCCAAACAGGAAGUACUUCACAUUAAAGUUUCUGAGCCUCAUGUGUCGGCUGGACCUGAAACAGGAAGUCAAACAGGAAGUGGCUCAAGAUGUUUGGAAAUCAAAA